UCCGCCUCGACAGCAGCAGAAAGCCCCGAGGGGCGUCGAUGGCCCGGCAGGGGCCGCCCGCGACGACCCUCGGGGGCAGAAGGCUGCGGCCCCGGGCGGCCCCCAGUCGCCCCCCGGGAGGAGCGGAGAGACUGCGGAGAAAGCGCCCCCGCUGCCCACCCUGUACGUGCAGCUCCAUGGAGAGACCACCCGGCGCUUGGAGGCGGACGAGAAGCCGUUGCAGAUCCAAAAUGACUACCUCUUCCAGCUGGGAUUUGGGGAGCUGUGGAGGGUGCAGGAGGAAGGCAUGGACUCGGAGAUUGGCUGCCUCAUCCGCUUCUAUGCAGGAAAACCUCACAGCACCAUUAGCUCUGAACGGAUUCAACUCUCAGGAAUGUAUAAUGUCCGUAAAGGCAAAAUGCAGUUGCCAGUGAACCGAUGGACGAGACGCCAAGUCAUCUUGUGUGGGACCUGCCUGAUAGUGUCAUCUGUGAAAGACAGCUUGACUGGAAAGAUGCAUGUUCUGCCACUAAUUGGUGGAAAAGUAGAAGAAGUGAAAAAGCACCAGCACUGUUUAGCAUUUAGCUCCUCUGGACCUCAAAGCCAGACUUACUACAUUUGCUUUGAUACUUUCACAGAGUACUUACGGUGGCUGCGACAAGUCUCCAAGGUUGCAUCUCAGCGCAUUAGCUCAGUGGACCUCUCGUGUUGUAGCCUGGAACAUCUGCCUGCCAAUCUCUUCUACAGCCAAGACCUCACUCAUCUCAAUUUGAAACAAAACUUCCUAAGGCAAAACCCCAGCCUUCCAGCUGCCAGAGGGCUCAAUGAACUGCAAAGGUUCACCAAGCUGAAGAGUCUUAACCUUUCCAAUAAUCAUUUAGGGGACUUUCCAUUAGCAGUCUGCAGUAUUCCAACUCUGGUCGAGCUGAAUGUGUCCUGCAAUGCCCUGAGAACAGUCCCAGCCACCGUUGGGACUAUGCACAAUUUGCAAACAUUUUUGUUGGAUGGAAACUUUCUCGAGUCCCUUCCUGCUGAGUUGGAGAACAUGCAUCAGCUUAGUUAUCUCGGUCUUUCUUUCAAUGAGUUCACUCACAUUCCAGAGGUAUUGGAAAAAUUGACUGCUGUGGAUAAACUUUGUAUGUCUGGAAACUGUAUGGAGACCCUUAGGCUACAGGCUUUAAGAAGAAUGCCUCAUAUUAAACAUGUGGAUCUAAGAUUGAACAUGAUUAGGAAGCUAAUAGCAGAUGAAGAGGACUUUCUGCGGCAUGUCACUCAGCUUGACCUACGAGACAAUAAACUUGGUGAUCUAGAUGUUAUGAUUUUCAACAACAUUGAAGUUUUACACUGUGAAAGGAAUCAAUUGGUGACAUUAAACAUCUGUGGCUAUUUCCUAAAAGCUCUCUAUGCUUCUUCUAAUGAACUUGUUCAACUUGAUGUUUACCCAGUUCCGAAUUAUCUGUCCUACAUGGAUGUUUCAAGGAACUGCCUAGAAAAUGUGCCUGAGUGGGUAUGUGAAAGCCGAAAGCUAGAAGUUUUAGAUAUUGGCCAUAAUCAAAUAUGUGAACUUCCUGCCCGGUUAUUUUGUAAUAAUAGUCUCCGGAAACUACUGGCAGGACACAAUCAGUUGGCAAGGCUCCCAGACAGGCUGGAAAGGACCUCGGUGGAGGUCUUGGAUGUACAGCACAACCAGCUCCUGGAGCUGCCACCUCACCUUCUGAUGAAGGCUGACAGCCUGAGAUUCCUGAAUGCAUCUGCAAACAAACUGGAAACCCUCCCUCCAGCCACACUUUCCGAAGAGACAAACAGUAUCUUACAAGAGUUGUAUUUGACAAAUAACAGCCUCACAGAUAAGUGUGUGCCCUUGUUAACAGGACAUCCUCAUCUGAAGAUCCUUCACAUGGCGUAUAACCGACUUCAGAGUUUUCCAGCAAGUAAAAUGGCAAAACUGGAAGAACUUGAAGAAAUUGAUAUCAGUGGGAAUAAACUGAAAGCCAUCCCAACAACUAUCAUGAAUUGCAGACGCAUGCACACCGUUAUUGCUCAUUCCAAUUGCAUUGAAGUCUUUCCUGAAGUCAUGCAGCUCCCAGAAGUCAAGUGCGUGGACCUGAGCUGUAAUGAGCUAAGCGAAGUCACUUUACCAGAAAACCUGCCUCCCAAACUGCAAGAACUAGAUCUGACUGGAAACCCCCGCCUUGCCCUUGAUCACAAAACCCUGGAACUGCUAAAUAAUAUCCGCUGUUUCAAGAUUGAUCAGCCUUCAGCAGGAGAUGCAUCCGGAGCCCCGGCUGUAUGGAGUCAUGGUUACACUGAAGCUUCGGGGGUGAAAAACAAGUUGUGUGUUGCAGCCCUGUCGGUGAAUAACUUCUGUGACAACAGGGAGGCCCUGUAUGGCGUAUUUGAUGGAGACCGGAAUGUCGAGGUACCCUACCUUCUCCAGUGUACCAUGAGUGACAUUUUGGCUGAAGAGCUGCAGAAAACAAAAAGUGAAGAAGAAUACAUGGUCAAUACGUUCAUUGUCAUGCAAAGGAAACUUGGAACUGCUGGGCAGAAACUUGGAGGUGCUGCUGUCCUUUGUCAUAUCAGGCAUGACCCUGUGGACCCAGGAGGAUCCUUCACCUUGACAUCUGCUAACGUGGGCAAGUGCCAAACAGUUCUCUGUCGAAACGGGAAGCCACUGCCUCUAUCCAGAUCUUAUGUCAUGAGCUGUGAAGAAGAGCUGAAGAGAAUUAAACAGCACAAGGCCAUUAUCACUGAGGAUGGCAAGGUGAAUGGAGUGACCGAGUCCACACGCAUCUUGGGCUACACCUUCCUCCACCCCAGUGUGGUGCCUCGCCCCCACGUGGAGUCUGUGCUCCUGACACCCCAGGAUGAAUUCUUCAUCCUAGGCAGUAAGGGCUUGUGGGACAGCCUGUCCAUCGAGGAGGCUGUGGAGGCCGUGCGCAACGUGCCCGAUGCCCUGGCUGCUGCCAAGAAGCUGUGCACCUUGGCCCAGAGCUAUGGCUGCCAUGACAGCAUCAGCGCCGUGGUGGUGCAGCUCAGUGUCACAGAGGACAGCUUCUGCUGCUGCGAGCUCAGUGGUGGCGGGAGUGUGCCACCACCCAGCCCAGGCAUCUUCCCUCCCUCGGUCAACAUGGUGAUUAAGGAUAGGCCCUCUGACGGGCUGGGCGUGCCAUCCUCCAGCAGCGGCAUGGCGUCCGAGAUCAGCAGCGAGCUGUCCACUUCCGAGAUGAGCAGUGAGGUGGGCUCCACAGCCUCUGAUGAGCCCACGUCCGGAGCCCUGAAUGAGAGCAGCCCCGCCUACCCCAGUGAGCAGCGCUGCAUGCUCCACCCGGUCUCUCUGUCCAGCUCUUUCCAGCGCCAGCUGUCCAGCGCCACUUUCUCCAGCGCCUUCUCUGACAAUGGCCUUGACAGUGAUGAUGAAGAACCAAUUGAGGGCGUCUUCAGCAAUGGCAGCCGGGUGGAGGUGGAAGUAGACAUCCACUGCAGCCGGGCCAAGGAAAAGGAGAAGCAGCAGCACCUGCUUCAGGUGCCAGCUGAGGCCAGCGACGAGGGCAUUGUCAUCAGUGCCAACGAGGAUGAGUCAGGUCUGUCCAGGAAGGCAGACUUUUCUGCUGUAGGGACCAUCGGGCGCCGGAGGGCAAAUGGCUCUGUUGCGCCCCAGGAAAGGAGCCACAACGUGAUAGAGGUGGCGACAGAUGCACCUCUCCGAAAGCCUGGAGGCUAUUUUGCUGCCCCAGCUCAGCCGGAUCCUGAUGAUCAGUUUAUCAUACCCCCGGAGCUGGAAGAGGAGGUCAAAGAAAUCAUGAAGCAUCACCAGGAGCAGCAGCAGCAGCAGCCGCCGACGCCGCAGCCACCACCAUCAUCGCUGCCGCCCCCACAGCCGCUGCAGCAGUAUCAGGUGGACCAGCUGCCAGACUAUUAUGAUACACCACUAUGACCCAAUCUGAGCACUAUUUAAAGAAUAAACUACCCAAGAAGGACUGAGUAACAAGAGUCUCCCAGACUCACAUUAAACCAGGGGUUUUACUCCAUGUCCUCUUCCCAGACACUAUCCCCAACCUGUCUUUGCAGCUAAUCUGUAGGUUCUCUCUAUUUUUUUAAUUUUUUUUUAUUUUUUAAUAAUUACCACUUUUCCUUUAGUGAUGCUUUACCAAUAUGGUUUAAACUUGUUAACUUCUUCCCCUAACAUAUCAGAUAUGUAAAGACAAAGAACAAAAGGUUUAAUAUAUUACAGAGAAACAAUUAAUGAUAAUGUAAUAUUUUUUAAAAUGGCUUUUGUUUUGUUUGGAAAGCAGGGCAGGUUGCCAUUGCUAAAUGACUUAAUAAUAUUGUAAUUCUAUAUUUCUUGGGGGAAAGGCUUUUUUUUUGUCUUGAAAAUGAUAGACAUUUGUAGAAUAUGGAGACUAACUCCUAGGAGUUGCUUUACUCUGUCAGGUGACUUAAGUCACUGGGAUUCACUAAUUUUCUCUGAGAGAACAGUUGAUUGAGAAUUUCUAUUGUAAAUAGCUCAGUGUUGUAUAGUGAUGCUUAAAAUGUUUUGUAGUUUUGGCAUAAGGACACAGCCUAAAUAACUGGUUUUUCUCUUCUUCCCCCUCUGCUGGGCCUUCCCUGCCCUCUCCCAUCUCACAGCUCACCUUUAGUUCAUUAAAUGUGGAGGCUGAGCCGCUAGAGCAUUUCUGUUCAAAUAGGGUGGAUCUGAGGCCACUGGACAAGAGCCUGCACUCAAGGGGGCCCUGAACCUGUUUUCUUCCUCUCCUUUCCCCAGCCUCUGGACUUUUGUAGACACUUUUUAAUUGUGUUCCUUACUGCUGCCACAAUCAGCAUGAUUGUGUAGAGUUCCAUUAGACCAUUUACAUACCCCCUUAUAUUAAAGCAGAAUGCACACAUGGACAUGUCAUCAUUUUUGUUAUAAUAAAUAUGAACUUUACAAGUA